AUGCCAUUGACCAGAGCUGUCCGUCACAGGUACUCUCUCUUGACUACAAAGCAAGCCCAAAACUUGAGGGACCAGGAGAAAGCGUCAGGAAUUCAUGUGGAAAUAUCAGAACUGGAUACUUUGCUUGAAGAAAUUUUAGAGAGAGAAAAGGAUGGUAAAGCUAAAAUUGAGUCGCAGGAUCUUGACAAAAAUAAAAAGGCAGGAAAGGAAAAGACAACAGCAGAAGAAGCGAGGAAACAAGCAAUGGAAAGAAUGGCUGAUACUAAAAAAAGGGAGAAUGAUGAAUCGGAUAGUGGCAAUGGAAGGAAGAAGGUAAGAAGAAGCACAAGUGAUACAAUUGAUUUUCUAAAGGAAAAAUCAGCAAAAGAUCAUGAUUUGAAAGAAAAGGACAUUGAACUGAGGAAAAGGGAAUUGGAACUUGCUGCAGAUAAACACACUCAAGCUGCCCAGCAACAAAACAGUAUGAUGCGUGCUUUCACGAGUCAAAUGCAGGAGCAACAACAAAGCUUGCAAGCAAUGCUUAUUACACAGCAGCAACAGCAGAACAAAAUCUUGAUGGCUUUAAUGGAGAAUAAGAAAAAGGAAUGA